AGCAUUGGUUUAUGUUAUCUGGUUCUUCUGUUCCGGCUUCCCGAGAAGCGGCGACUGAGGCUGAGAGACUGGGGUGAGGGAGAGAGAGCAAUAUUAUACGAUUAGCAGGAAGAGGAGGCGGAGGAGAUCCGAUCUGACGCGGGGCAGUUGUUCCGUCACGUCACGUGAUUCCGGCUAUUAAAAUUGGGGAUUUCUUCUGCUUUUUUAUUGAGAAGAGCGGUCCAAAGAUGGACAAGUACGAGAUGGUGAAAGAUCUGGGGUCGGGGAACUUUGGGGUUGCGAGAUUGCUGCGAAACAAGGAGACAAAGGAGCUCGUAGCUAUCAAGUACAUCCCCAGAGGCCAAAAGAUCGAUGAGAAUGUGGCGAGAGAGAUUAUUAACCACCGGUCGCUUCGCCAUCCCAAUAUUAUUCGAUUCAAAGAGGUUGUUCUAACACCGACGCAUCUUGGCAUCGUCAUGGAGUACGCCGCCGGCGGAGAACUCUUCGACCGGAUCUGCACCGCCGGAAGAUUUAGCGAGGACGAGGCCAGAUAUUUCUUCCAGCAGCUCAUCUGCGGCGUCAGCUACUGCCACUACAUGCAAAUCUGUCACCGAGAUCUGAAGCUGGAAAACACCCUGUUGGACGGGAGCCCCGCGCCUCGCCUCAAGAUCUGCGACUUCGGUUACUCCAAGUCUUCUUUACUUCAUUCGCGGCCCAAAUCCACCGUGGGAACGCCGGCAUAUAUCGCCCCCGAAGUGCUGUCCCGACGGGAGUACGACGGCAAGACGGCUGAUGUGUGGUCAUGUGGGGUAACAUUGUAUGUGAUGCUGGUGGGAGCCUACCCUUUUGAGGAUCCAGCUGACCCCAAGAACUUUAGGAAGACUAUUGGGAGAAUAGUGUCAGUACAGUACAAGAUACCCGAAUAUGUUCAUAUUUCUCAAGAUUGCAGGCAACUCAUAUCAAGGAUCUUCGUUGCUAAUCCAGCAAGGAGGAUUACUAUAAGGGAAAUAAGGAACCACCCCUGGUUCUUGAAGAACUUGCCUAGGGAGCUAACUGAAGCACAACAAGCGCAGUACUAUAAGAGAGAUACCCCUACCUACUCCCUGCAGAGUGUUGAGGAGAUAAUGAGGAUUGUGGGUGAAGCACGCACUCCUCCACCGUCGACAACACCAGUGGCAGGCUUUGGUUGGACCGAAGAGGAGGACGAGGAGGAAGGCAAGCAAGACAAACAGGAGAACGAUGAGGCCGAGGAGGAAGAAGAAGAAGAUGAGUACGAUAAGAGAGUCAAGGAAGUCCGUGCUAGUGGGGAAUUUCCGUUAGUUGAUUAAAUAAGUUCAGAGCCAAAACAUUGAAAACUAGAAAAUGAGAAAGACUGCAUUCUUCCAUGUAUUGAUAAUUAUGGACCUCUGUAGAAUUCUUUUUCUGUGCUUCAAUUCUGUGCAUGCUGUGUAUCUUUUCUUGGACUGCCGGUGUGCGUAGCAAAAGUGUCAGAUAUCUUACAAGUAGUUAAAGAGGGUUUACAACCAAGUAGUUUCUGAUUGUUAGAGUGAAACAUUGGUCUACUUUGUAGUUCCUUUCUUUCUUCUCUAGUUGAAACUUAAGAAGCCUUGAUGGA